AAGCCACUAUUACGUUCAUCAGAGGAACUGAGAUAUCAGAAAGCAAAUGGGAAAGCUUAGAGCCAAAUCCGACUAUGAAAGUCUAAGGAAUGCUCGCAUCUUAGAGAACCAGGCUCGAUUAGCCUCCCUGGGAGUUCAGAAAACUAUCUCCGACCUACGGUCAAUCGUUUCCUCUGCAAAACCAAAGAAAGAAGUCAGAAAAUGGCAGAAGAAAGAGUACGAUGUCACGCCUGUGCGCCGCUCAAUUCGUUUCAAAGGAGUCCCUCAUCCUUCAACUCCCUCUUUGCGUAGAUCUAACCGGCUCAAAGGGAAAGUGAUUGACUAUGAAGAGAAGGAAGAAGGGAGUAAAUCUUUUUCCAGCGAAGGGAAAGAAAAAGGGCCAGCAAAUGCUCCAGCAGUGAUAAUAAAUGAUGCGAGUUAUCAAUUAUUGUCUCUGGACUCUGCACGGCGUUGCCGUGCUAAGAAAGGGAGAUGCAGUGUUUACAACACUGUGUUUGGUAUUUGCUGCCAUUUCUGCAGGCAAAAGACAUUGUGCGCGGAGGAAGAUUGCAAGCGAUGUGGUAAUCUUGAUGCAAAUCAGUCCUGCAUAGGAAAGACAGAUUGUUCAGUUUGUCACUCUAGCUAUGGUGUUCUGUGUCGGGCUUGUCUCAAGGUUAGAUAUGGAGAAGAACUGGAGGAGGUAAGAGAAAAUAAGGAAUGGAUGUGCCCUCACUGCAUAGAAGAAAAAGGAAUCAACCCUUACUGGAUAUGUAACAGUUCAUUGUGCUUGAAGAAUCGAAAGAUGGCUCCAACAGGGAUAGCAAUUUACAGAGCUAGGGAGCUGGGAUACAAAUCGGUUGCACAUCUGCUGAUGGAUGAGCUUCAGCAUGGAAAUCAUUCAAGAUUGAUAUGCAGCAAGUGAUUAAAGCCUUCUUUUUAAGUUUUUCUUUAAAAUGUUAAUGAAAUCCUCUAUAUUCUUGUAAGGGAAUCAAUCACUGUGCUCGACACUUAAAAC